UUCUAUUUUGGUGGAAGUCCACAGUGUCCCACUAAUAAUAGUGGGCACGGUAGACGACUGCAUUUUUUUUUUUGUAUUUUCUAAUAAUUAAAUAAUUUUUUUUUAAAAAAACAAAUAAUUAUAUAAUAAUAUAAUUUAUUAAUCAAAUAAUAUAAUAAUAAAUGAUAUAUUUUUUAGUGUAAUUUUUAGUGUUGUGGUUAGAAUUGGAAAAAAAAAUUAGUAUUGAAAUAGUAUUCUUUCGGUGUUAAUUUAACACUAAAUUUAUGUUUCCCCAUUGAAGUUGCCUUAAGGGCUUAGCACGUAUCCAGUUGCAUUUGUACUUUUUUUUUCUCUCUUUUUUUUUUGUUUUUUCUAAGCCAAUCACACUCAUCAACUUGUCUUUUCUAUGUAUAGACUCUUAUGAUGUAGUAUUUUCCUGAUGUUUAUUUUGUCAAAAAAGUAUGGGAAAUUUUUUAUUUUAUAAGGGAAAUUUGACAAUAUAUGCUUAAAAAUAGCAUAUAUUGUUUUAAUAUACUAGGUAAACAAAAAUAAAAAAAAAUACUCUCCAAUUAACUUUAAUCCCAACAUUACCCUCCCCAUUUCAAACUUUCACUCUCCCUCUAACUCUCACUUCUCUCUCUCUCUCUCUCUCUCUCUCUCUCUCUCUCUCUCUCUCUCUCUCUCUCUCUCUCUCUCUCUCACGCAACCCAGACACCGCACUCACCGGACCACCUCACGGACCACCCCCUCACUCACCGGACCACCCACGACACCCCACCACGCGAUACUGACGGACCACCCCCUCACCAUCCGACCCCAGACGUCCAGAGCAAAUCGCGAAAUCAAUCUCAGACGACAUCGCGAACUCUUCGAAGAAGAAAUCGUGAAACCCCAGACGACCAGCAGAGGACAUCGCUACCACCGGAGACGAGAUCGAGAAACCCCAAUUCGCGACACCCCCAAACGAAACCCAGAUCCAAAACAAUAAAAAAAGGUAUUUUUCUAAACUUUUUUGUUGUUUCAUUACUUUUUAAUUGUUUGUGCUUCAUUGUAAAGUAAUGUAGUUAGUUUAUGUUGAAUUUGUUUGAUUUCGUUUGAAUUUCAUUGUUUUGGUAUAUUUUCUGGUUUUUGUGCAAAAUUUGCGACGUAUCGCGACAAUGUUCACGACAUAACGCGACAUCGUCUAGAAAAGUUGGGGAUUUUAUGAUAACCGUGUUUUUCACGACGUGUUGGCGAUAUACUAGCGACAUAAUUCGUGAUAUUGCAUUUAGUACGUAGGUUUCAUGAUUUUUAUCGACUUGUAUGUGUGUUUGGCGACAUGUUUGCGAUCAUAUGCGACAUGAUUAGCGAUAUAUAACAGUUGUACAUAGGACUAGUUUUUCAUCCUCCUUUUUGUGUUUAGCGAUGAAUUAGCGAUAUAUUAGCGACAUAUUUGGCGAUAUGAUCAACAAUAACUUAGGAUUAUGUUUCACGAUGUAUAGCGACAUACUGCGACAUGUUUCACGACAUACUUCUAACAAAUUUGUUGACAAUUUUGCAGAUGGCUCCUGAACUUAAACUUCCAAUUUCCUCGCAUUUCACGGGACGUCUUACCUAUCGGGGUACAGAUAGGUUCAGAUAUAUCAAGGCCAAGUUUACUGAGAUGGAUUUGGUUGACACAGUAAAGGCUAGUCCUUUCGGACACUUUUAGGAAGCUGGAGAGUUGACUUUCUCCGGCGCGUUGGUCCACAGCCUCCUCUUACGAAAAAUGAAAGUGGACACAGAAAAGGAGGAUGAGGUUUGGUUUCAUGUAAGGAGAAAUGACAUGAGAUUCGGACGGAUAGAGUUUGGACUCAUUACUAGCUUACCUAUGGGUAGUGCCCCUACAGACGAGGAAAUACACGCCAAGUCCAACGACCAUCUAGUUCGGACUUAUUUUGAAGGGAAGAAUUCUGUUCAGUUGGACUCCCUUAUGCUCCAACUUGAGAGGUGAGAAGAUAAAGAUGAUGCCUACAAGCUUGGACUGAUCGCUUUCAUUGAAGGUGUAUUAGUAUCAAAGGAGGGCAAUGUCCAAGUUUGGCCUGAGAUGUUGAAGUUUGUUAACGAUCUCGAAUUCUUCUUUAAGUAUCCGUGGGGCGAGCGCGCUUUUCGUAAGCUGAUGGAGACAUUAGGAAAGAAUAUGCAACAUUACAAGGAUAAUGUUGACAAGAAGAAGGGGAAGAAGAUUGCUCAGGAGGCAAAGUACACUGUUAGUGGCUAUGUACCUGCCUUUCAGUACUGGGCAUACGAAGCAAUUGAGAAGUUGGGGAAGAAGUAUGCCCACUGCAACGGACCAAGUUCCCCAGAAUGUUGAGCUGGAAAACACCAGAGGGCCAGCGGAAACAAGAUGUCAAGGCAACCGACAUUGCACUGUUAUUCAACAGUCGGUUGGUGGUGAAGAAGUGUUUGUUUCCCCGGCCCAGUGAAGAGGCAUACUUCAAGAGUAUUAAUGAGGGUAAAGCCCCUCUUUGCUUUGAGAUGGAUGUGGAACAAACGGUGGACGUUGAUGGUACACGGGAGUCUGUGUUUGAAACUCAAGCGAAGACCAUCAACGAGGCCGUGACAAAGGCAAAUUUAGUUCCACCACCACCGGCACCUGAAGUACACGAGCCAUCUACUUCAGCAGGUCCUUCUGCUCCAACCAGUUUAACUGUGGACACUGACCUUGCAAAGAGGUUGGAUAGCAUUGAGGCCCGGCUGGAGAAGCUUGAGUCCCAGCAGGAAGCCGUCAUGUUGGCACAGACGGGGUUAGUAAAUAACCAUCUCAGUAUGAGGCGGUCCUUCACAGAGAGUCAGAAAGAUCUGAAGGAGACUCUACUGGCUAAGAUGGACGAGUUGAUGGCAAUGGUAAAAGGAGCGCCCACACUUGGAGAGCCCACACCUGCACCGCAAAAUGAGGAACAAAUGGAGAGUGAUAACGAAGAUGUCUUCCCAGAAGAUUGGGAAGCAGAUGAUAACGAGGCACCGUCAACUCCAUUGGAAGCAAUUAUCACGGCCAUUGGUGAUACACAAUCACAGGACGAAGUCUUACUUCUACCUGGACCCCCAGAAAAUGUGCCAUUUGUGAGGAAGAGGAAGCCGCCAAAGUACUUGAACGACUACACUGCGGAAAAGAAAAAGAGGCGAGUUCUUCCAGAGAACGUAGACCCGGAGAGACCAGCAGACCGUAGAUUGCUUCGUACGUUCAAGAGGUGGUUGAUUGGAGACAUUCCCAAUGCCCGACCUAGGAAUGUGCACACCGGUGUUGGCGAUGUCAAGCUCUUCACAACAUUGUUUCUAAAGGGGGAGUGGCUUCACGAUGAUCACAUAGAUGCCAUAUCACACUUGAUGAGGAGGAGACGCCUUCAUUUUCCAGAGUUGUACCCUCAGCCAGGUGUGAUUUUGGACACAACACUUCCACAAUUCCUCAUAGGCAUUUGGGGCUGCGAGACUGGUGACAGAAGUACGUUUGAAUGGCCAGAUGCAGUGAACCAGUACUAUCUGGGUAUGGAGAGCCGUUACAUGCCAUGUUGGAAGGAUCAGAACUUCAUAUACUUCGUCCUGUACUUCGAUCAUCAAAAACAUUGGGUUGCUGUUGAGGUAGAUAUUGAUAUGUGGCAGAUUCGGGUGUACGAUAAUGAUUUAGCAUGCACCACCGACGCACAGUUUGAUGCCAUCAUGCUACCUUGGACUCAGCUGUUUCCACAUCUGCUGAGGUCUACUGGCUAUUACGAUAAAGUGAACAACAACAUUCUGAAUGUGGACUUAGGGGACAGUAGCCAACUCAGAUCAAUGCAUGCUAGACGCAUGCCAAGUGAGGUGGUUCCCCAAAGUAGAACAAGUGGUGAUUGCGGGGUGUAUGCACUUGAGUACAUCGAACACCUAAUGCUGAAUCGGUUCUUGGACAACAUUACAGAUGAUAACAUGAGAAUGUUCAGAGAUCGGUGGUGUGUAGACUUGUUUUAUCAGAACUUAACGUGGUAAAAUAGGUACAAGGGUUGUAAUUUUUUUGUAGUUUAAGAACUCCAUUACAAUUGUACAAACAUAGUUGCAUAGUUGUUUUUAGUACUGUACAGUUUUUAUAUAUCGAAAAGUGUUCAAUUUUAAAAUU